ACUGUGCUCACACAAAGAUCGUGUUGGAAUCAGACUCUCACUGUGGUGUAGAACGGACUCACAGUUCAGGUGCUCCUCACAGUUCAGGUGCUCCUCACAGUUCAGGUGCUCCUCACAGUUCAGGUGCUCCUCACAGUUCAGGUGCUCCUCGUGGUUCUGACACUUCUGGAAAGUUCUCUGAGGUGAGAUUCUGACGCGUGAGGAGUGAGGAGUGAGAGGUCUGUCCGUUCUGUCUCUGCGCUCCUGGAGACGGUUGCUACGGACCGAGAUCAAACACAUCGCGGCUCCUGAGUUCCGGUCCCGGGUUCUAUUCGGACCCAGAGCGCGCUCCCGAACCGGACCCACGGCAUGACGUCACUGAGCUGAACCCUGUCAGGAUGGUCCCGGUGUGUGUGCAGUUCUGUGGGGAGCACUUGGGUCCAGACCAGGUCCAGUGGGUCUGCGCGGGUCUGGACCGGGCCCAGCUCUUGUCUCUGCGCGGGUGCCGGGUUUCGGACCAGGACUUCGGGAGGAUCUGCGAGUCCGCGGCUCGGUCCAGGACUCUGGUCCAACUCAACCUGAGUCUGGGCGUGGCCUCGGGUCCGGACCGGAUCAAGGACCUGGCCCGGGCCCUGGACCAGAACCGAAGCCUCCAGACGCUUUUUCUCCAUGGAAACCGUCUGUCGGGUCCAGAGUCUUUGGUCUUGACUCGGUCUCUGGUUUUGCAUCCGGCUCUGGUCAGUCUGGACCUGGGGGACUGUUCCCUGACAGACCAAGUCCUGAACCAGGUCUGUGGACUCCUGCCCCCCGACGGAGCCAGACCCGGUCUGCAGGAGCUGAGUCUCAGUUCUAACCCCGGGGUGAGCGCUCGGGCCUGGACCCGCCUCUGCGUCGCUCUGGCCCACAGCGCCCAGCUCCGGGUCCUGCGCCUGGACUACAACCCGCUCGGAGACCGUAUCGCUGAGAUGUUGGCCGUUGCCGUGGCGUCGAGCAGAACCCUGGAGACGCUGGAUCUAGAAGGAACCGGACUCUCCAACCAAACAGGCCAGGUCUUCUUGGACCUGCUCCUCUUUUACCCAGUGAGUCUUAAAGUCCUGGUUUUGGCUGAAAACCAGAUCAGUCCAGAAGUCCAGACCCAGAUCCAGGACCUGCUGUCGGAGUCCGAGGACGAGCCAAUCAGAGAUCAGCGUCUCCAGCAGCAACCAAUCAGAGAGGAGAGGGACUGGCUUCCCCACAGUGGCGCUCACACUGUUCUUCUGACCUCGGGGCUUGGGGACAGCCUAUUGGACGAGACAGAGAUGUGACCCGCCCCCUGAGCUCUGAUUGGUCUUCACACGUGUCACUCAAGUUUUUCUAAAAUCAUAAAU